GAAUAUAAUUAUCAAAACACGCACCGAGUCCUACAAAAGGUCAAACGGAAAAAUCCCCAAUUCCAACUCUCUUCCAGAAAUCAAACCCUAGCGCAAAAUUCCAUUCAUCUACCUUCGAUUAAUCUUAACCAAAAGAGCACCAGCAUGGGGAACACGGAGAAGCUGUUGAAUCAGAUCAUGGACCUCAAGUUCACGUCAAAGUCGCUGCAACGCCAGGCUAGGAAGUGCGAGAAGGAGGAGAAGGCGGAGAAAUUGAAGGUCAAGAAGGCGAUCGAGAAGGGAAAUAUGGAUGGUGGUCGGAUCUAUGCUGAGAAUGCCAUCCGCAAGCGGACGGAGCAGAUGAACUACCUCCGUCUCGCCUCUCGCCUCGACGCCGUCGUUGCGCGGCUCGACACCCAGGCCAAAAUGACUACAAUCAACAAAUCUAUGGCUAACAUCGUCAAGUCUCUCGAAUCCUCCCUAGCGACCGGUAAUCUGCAGAAGAUGUCGGAGACUAUGGAUCAGUUUGAGAAGCAGUUUGUGAACAUGGAGGUUCAGGCUGAGUUUAUGGAGAGUGCAAUGGCAGGUUCUACCUCAUUGUCCACCCCAGAAGGGGAGGUGAACAGCUUGAUGCAACAGGUUGCCGAUGAUUAUGGGCUGGAGGUCUCUGUGGGGCUGCCUCAACCAGCUGCUCAUGCUGUUACAACCAAGACACAGGAGAAGGUUGAUGAGGAUGAUUUAUCAAGGCGGCUUGCAGAGCUUAAAGCUAGAGGAUAAAAUGAGAAAUGCCUUUGUGAUCACACUUGAAUGUGAAUCCGGAUCCCCUGCUUAUUAUUGUUGGAAGAUACAUUAUAUGUAAAUCUUUACUUAAUUGGGAUAUAUGUCCUUUACUUGAGUGUGGAACUUAUUGCUGUUGCAAUGUAUGCUAAUGCUAAUGUGGUUCCUGUCAAUUCCCAA